AUGCCAUCGCCGAAAUCAAAAUCACCAAAAGGAUCACCGAAAAAGAAUGCGAGUAGUAAAAAUUCCCCCGGUAAACAGAAAGGUGAGGAGAUUAUCCCGGUUGAAACUGGCAUGCAAACUGAUCCAACCACUGUUUGCUACUUGUGUCGACGUCAUUUUAAAGACUCGGCAGCUAUACAAUCUCACAUUGUCCUCAUGAAUCAUAUGGGUCCGUACAAUGCGAACGAACAACACUGCCGUGCGUGCAAAUCUAUCGUCAUGCUCAAAGAUGUUGAAGCGCACAAAUGUGCUGUCUUGAAAGCGGUCUUUCUGCGAUUCAUGUCCGGUUCGACCACAUUAGAUUUUGGACCACCUUAUCGCUGUUUGUUCUGUCGCAGUCAACCGUGCAGUUCCCGUGUGGAAUUAGCCAUACACUUGUUGUGUUAUCAUCGUCCGAAUAAACCGACCGGGCGUUGUGGUAUGUGCGUGUUCACGUAUGAAGAACCGGCCCCAAUUCCACCGCCAAACAUACCACCGUUGCCUGCGAAUGCAGAUGAAGAGAAGAAAAAGGAACAUGCGAAAGCGUUGAAGCAAGCCACGGAAAAACAGAUGUGUGAACCACCGAUUAAUCCAACACCUGGAUUGGACAAUUUGAAGAUGCAUGUGAUGAAUGAACAUGUGCCAGCUUAUACGCUCUGGAGCAGACGAAAUAUUUUGGAAGACAGCGAUUUACGUUUCCCGUACGCCUGUCCCAUUUCGACCGUUCAAGCUAUAAACGAAUUUGCAUCCGAUGUCUAUCUUUAUACGGUUUUCCGGAUGGUCAAGUUUCAGCGCUGUUUAGCAGAACUGAUUUCGACUGCUGCCACUGUUGCACCAUACACUCGACCGUUCCGGGACAACCGGAAUUGCCACAAACAUGUCCAUUUGGCCAAUCGUGCCUUCCGUAUGCACACCGACGCUGCAUCCAUUAUACGUCCGCCGUGUGAGAUGUAG